UUGAUUGGUCCGUAGAGAUCUCAGCCCUCUCGUCCUAUCUCGCGAUACUAAAUAUCCUUCCCAGUGAGAAGCGGAUCUUGAGCUGGAUUCAGUCGCUCUUGUGGCUGGGAAGCAGCAUAGCCAUCCCGUGUCUGUGGUUAAUCCGUGAUUCAACUUGAGGUAAAGUAGGAGUCGUUUAAACAAAUCGACCAACCGAAAACAACUACUAGCGGUGUUCCUGAAUAAACUCCAGCUCUGCAGGACACCUUUAAUCCUGCAGUAUAGGUAGUGAGGAAACUGCAAGCAGAAGCAGCAGCUGUGUGAAGACUUGGUGGUGAAUGUCGACAUGAUGUCCAGCCAGUCAGCCGUUUCUUUGUGAAUGGAUUAAAGGUGAGUUGUAACCAUGCGCUGCCUGGCUGCUCGGGUGAACUACAAGACCCUGAUUGUUAUCUGCGCCCUUUUCACACUCAUCACCGUGUUGCUGUGGAACCGCUGCUCCAGCGACACAUCCCUACGUUUCCUGCCCCGCGCUGCCUUGGUCGCUCCAAGUCCUAGAGUGGGUGACGCUAGCAUCAGCAGCCAGCAACACCCUCCACAACCUCCAGAGCCCCCACCUGUUGUUGGGGUUGUUGGUGGGAUCAGGUAUGAAGAAAUUGACUGCCUGAUCAACGAUGAGUCUACUAUCAAAGGCCGACGAGAGGGGGGAGAAAUCUACCUGCCCUUCAGCUGGAUGGAAAAGUACUUUGAGGUGUAUGGCAAAGUAGUGCAGUACGACGGCUACGAUCGUUUUGAGUUCCAGCACAGCUAUUCAAAGGUUUACACACAGCGUGAGCCCUACCACCCUGAUGGAGUCUUCAUGUCGUUUGAGGGAUACAAUGUGGAGGUCCGCGACCGUGUCAAGUGUAUAAGUGGAGUGGAAGGUGUGCCUCUCUCCACUCAGUGGGGCCCUCAGGGCUAUUUCUAUGCCAUCCAGAUUGCCCAGUAUGGUUUGAGCCAUUACAGCAAAAACCUGACUGAGCGCCCUCCCCAUGUGGAGGUCUACGACACAGCCAAGGAGAGAGAUAGCCGAGCCAGCGCUGCUCCAUGGAGCGUGCCAAAGGGCUGCAGUCUCAGCCGUGUCUACGACAAGGCCCGAGCUACCUCCGUGCGUCAGUUCAGUGUUCCAGAGUCCUCAGAAGGUGUGUCCCUCCAGCUGAGUAACUCCAGAGACUUCAUUCUCAGCUUGGACAUCCGGUUUAUCUCCAAUGGCAGCAUAGCCGUAAUCCUUGAAACCACAGAGAAGGGCCCACCCUUCACUAUCCACUACGUGACCAGCAUGCAGCUCAUCACCUUCAAAGACCGUGAAAUCACCUACGGUAUCGGGCCACGGACCGCCUGGAGCACUCUGACCCGAGACCUGCUCACCGACCUCAGGAAGGGCGUCGGGCUGUCCAACACCAAGGCUGUGAAAGCCACAAAGAUUAUGCCUCGACGGGUGAUGCGACUAGUCCUACACGGACGUGGCUUUGUUGACAACAUCACUAUCUCCACCACUGCCCACAUGGCUGCCUUCUUUGCUGCCAGUGAUUGGCUGGUGCGCAACCAGGACGAACGAGGUGGCUGGCCAAUCAUGGUCACCCGUAAACUGGGGGAAGGCUUCCGGCCGCUGGAGCCCGGGUGGUACUCGGCCAUGGCACAGGGCCAGGCUAUGUCCACCCUAGUAAGAGCCUACCUCCUCACCAAGGACCAGGUUUACCUCAAUGCUGCCCUCAAAGCAGUAGGACCCUACAAGGUGCCUUCAGCGCAGCACGGGGUCAGAGCUGUGUUCAUGAACAAAUACGACUGGUAUGAAGAAUACCCCACCACUCCCAGUUCCUUUGUCCUCAACGGCUUCAUCUACUCCCUGCUGGGACUCUAUGACUUGACUGAGACAGCUGGAGAGAAACUGGGCAGGGAAGCAGGUCAGCUGUUCAGCCGUGGCAUGGAGUCGCUGAAGGCAAUGCUGCCGCUCUUUGACACAGGCUCUGGGAGCAUCUAUGACCUGCGUCACUUCAUGCUGGGCACCGCGCCCAACCUGGCGCGCUGGGACUAUCACACCACGCACAUCAACCAGCUACAACUGCUGGCAUCCAUAGACAGUUCUCCCAUCUUCAAGGAUGUGGUCAAGCGCUGGAAAAACUACUUAAAAGGGAUUCGUGCCAAGCACAACUAGGCGCACUAUCACCUGCACAGAGUCUACAGCUGAGGUGAUGCCUGAGGAGUCGAUGAAUAUGCUCUAUGUGAGAACUGAAUGGAUAAUCGAAUGUGCGGUGGGUGCUCACAUAAUGCGUCUGUGUGCAUCCUAGUUUUGGUCAAAGUUUAAGUCUCUAAUGGAUGAACACUAGAACUUUCUCGUGUGCUCUGUCGCAGGUUUUGUAUUUUCUGCAGCACCGACUGUAGCUCUCUCUCUAGUGUUUGUAAUUAUGCACAGACCUAGUUUCAGAGUGUGAGUGUUUGCGUUCAGGAAGAGUGUGUGUUGUUUUAAAUAAGACUAAUUCUUUGAUGCCUCCAUCAUAAGUCCCUUCUCCGGUUGUAUUUUUUUACCAUUACAUCCCAGAUUUGCAAAGUUUAUUGAUACAGAUAACCUGUAAAUAACAGAAUAUAUUAUACAUUAUUUCCAAGAGAAUAUUGCCAAACGACUAAAAUCUUACUUACACAUUUUGGAUUUUAAUUCUCCAUUGCAAUAUUUUAUCCCAUAGCCUUCAAAACCUAAACACUUU